AUGUCAUCUAAAAUAAGAGUGGAAGAGAAAAAUAAUAACAAUGAAAGCGUGUCUUCUUCAAUCAUGCAAUCACUUCCAAGAGAUUUAUUACUUAAUGUGAUUGCAAUUAUAGGUUCUCAGUCUUUCAUUGAUCUUCACAAAAUAAAAGUGUGUUGCAAAGACUUUUUCGAAGUUGCGCAAGAAAGGUAUGUGUUACAAAAAAUAUCUUUGGACAAUUUUCCUUUCAUCCAAUGGAUUCCUAACAAAAACGCAUUGUUAUUUUUCAAACGCUGUGUGGAAAGUAAAAAUAGCGAGAGCUUGUAUAGAGAUGGAUUGCUUAAGUACUUUAAUUAUCCAAAUGGAAAUAUGGCUGGUCUUAAGAGCUUAAAGAUUGCUGCUCAAAUGGGUCAUAAGGAAGCAAUGUAUGUGUAUGGAAUAAUUUUAUUGUGUUCUGAAGAUCACGAAUCAAAAAAUCAAGGAGUUGAAUAUAUGCGUGCUCUGAGAAAGUCGAAGUGUAUUAUGAGUUCAAGGAUGAAGGUACAAUCCUUAACAAAUUCUCUAUGGAAAAAUAAUGGAAUAUUGGUGCGCAAUCAAACUCCUAUAUGUAACUCUAAGAGCACGUGUUAUGGAUGGAGACUGAAGAAAGGUCGAUGGUUAUUAUUAGAUGAUGAAGACGAUGAUUUUAAUUUAUGUGAAAAUUGUAGAUGGGAUUAUGAGUUAGAGUUCUUUUAUAACCUACUUAAUGUUGAAUAG